UUGGUAAAACAGGCCAGGAACCAGAGAAGCAGGGAGUGGCUGGGACGUGGCAAACUGAAAACUGCGUGUCCUCUCCAAGGACAUGCAGCAUUGCAGAGCCGGGCAUGUGGUCCUUCAGGCCUACAGUAAGGCUCAUACCACUGCUCCAGGGUCCUCCAUGCCAGGCUGGGAGUCUCUGUUUUCAACAUGAAGUUUUCUGAUUCAAGAACAUGGAACAGCAUGAAGGGCAAAGAAUAUGCAUCUAACUAGUCCAGCUGCAGACAAGUGCUUUUACUUUCUCCUCCUCAUCCCCUUCCGCCUUCCGCCUCCUCUCUCUCUUUCUCUCUCUACUCCUAGUCCUGAAAAUGGAACGUGAUUUACUCAAUACAUUUUGGGACAGAGCGUGCCAAAGGACAAAUCUACGGCUUGACUUGGCAAGUCAGGUUUCCCACUCUCAGUCAUAAAAGGGCUGCCUAAGAGUUACCCGUUUUUCUGAAGCCUGGUUUGGGCCAAGUUCCAUUUCAGAGACUGGACACUGCGAGGUCUACAGGAGCACGCAAAGAACUAGGAAGCAUUCUCCGCCCCGGGAGUGAAUGUUUAAAUGGCAUGACCCGUGUUGAAUGCUUCUGGACAGGAUCGAUUCUUGGGAAGAAGAAACAGUGCUCACUGGACAGUUUUGUUUGCUUUUGAAUUUGCAAAGUGACAAGCCUGUGAGACUAGCGUUUGAGAAGUCCUGACUUACACCAAAACACUGCUUCUGGUUUGAAGAAGAUUCUGUUUACAACACUAAAUCGGGUGUGGUGGUGAUAACCUAGAAUUCCAGAACUCAGGAGGUAGAGGAAGGGGAAUCUGGAGUCCAAUGUCAUCCUGGGCUAUUGGAUUCCAGCCUGGACUUUUAGAGCCGUAUCUCAACAGGCAAGCAAGCAAACAAACAAACAAAAUUAAAUCAGCAAAAUUUGAAGUUAAAGCCUCUUUAAAGUUUGCUCCCAAUGUUUGGAUACUUCCCCUUGCCCCCUCCCUUUCUCCUUCUCCAAGAUACUUCCUAGAGAAGUACUUCUUCCACAGGGAAGAACCACUCCUCUCUUCCUUGGACAAGUUGAGUAGUUAAUUUCUCUCUUAUUGCACAGUGCCCUGCUCACCAUAGGCAGACAGCAUAGAAUGAAUUUAGUUAAUGAAUGUAUUCUUAAAGUCUAUACCGUUGACGUACUAUGUGCCUGGCAGAACCAUAGUAACUUGGACAAAAUCAGUGAUUUCACAAAAGGAUUGGCUUUUAGAUGGCUCUAUGUGUAGGUAGAUGCGAGGGGAGAGAGUAAAUCUAGAAAAAUUAAUUUAUGUAACAUGUAAUAGUAUCACAAGGUAAUGGGGGGCUAAAGGGAAAAGGAGUGUAGUGAAGGGUGACUGGAGGAAGGAAUGAACUGCAAUUUUAUUUUAUUUUCAGACAGAAUUUCCUUGCACAGCCAAGGCUGACCUGGAACUUCGGAUUCUCUGAUACUGCAUUCAGGUGCUGUGCUUACAGGCAGACAGAAUAAAGUAGGUCUCCUUGAACAAAGAACUGUAGGGGAGGAGCCCUAGCAAGGGAGAUGCCUGGGCUUAAGGCUAUCCUUCCCCUACUGCAGGGAUAUCAGCAAUGACAGUAUUCUGUCUUUGUGAGAUCCUGUGAGAUUCUGUGUGCUUCCUCAAUAUGAAUGCCUUAAGUCUUUAUUAAUGACCCCAGAUAACUAUUGUAUUUACUCACUACAAGUGAGUAAACUGAGGCUUAGCAAAUCUUCAGGAAUUGGAUACCCUGAGGUUAGGGAGGGGGCGCUGUAUAUACCCUGCCUUGUAGGACUUUUGGGCUUCUUUCUCUUUCUCCUCCUUUUCUUUCUCUUCCUCCUGAGAUCUCUCUAUGUAGCCUCAGCAGUCCUGAAAUUUGAAUGUAGAGAGCAGGCUGACCUUGAACUUGCAGCAGUCCACCUCCCUCAGUGCUGGACUCAAAGACCUGUGCCACCACGUUGGCUAGGCCAGCUUUCACUUCCUGAUCACUGCUGGCACCCCCAAGCUUUCUGUGCCCCCAAGCUGUACUGUGCCCCCUCCCCAGCUAUAGAAGGGAUUCUUAGGGUGAGGUUUCAGGGCUUUCUGCAAUCCUGGGUAUCCUUUUGAGAAUCCUUUAGAUUUCUCUAUUAUCCCUGGACAGCUGAGGGGCUCAGAAGCUCAUCUACACCCCACACUCACACUUUAACACCAAAGUGUCAUAGAGUUACACUGACAAAACCAAACUUAGUUAUAACCAGAAAAGGGUAAUAUACCUUUUCCUUCAUCAAAUGUCACUGUGGUUUCAAAGUUUACAUGUUGACAUGAGGUGGGACAGUGCUUUAAAAGUAGUUCCUGUUCAGCCAUGGGGUAAAAUUAGGCAAGCAGGGAGUCCUGCAAAUAGCUGCAUAAAACGAAAGUUUGUUUUGUUGUUGUUGUUGUUGUUGUUGAGUUUUGUUUGCUUGUUUGUUUGUUUGUUUUGAGACUGGGUCUCAUAGAACCUAGGAUGAAAUUGAACUCAUUGUGUAGAGCAUGACGCCCUAAACUCUUGGUCUUCCUGCUUCUACCUCCAAAGUGCUACAGUGAUUCUAAACCUUCCUAAGGCUGCGACCCUUUAAUACAGAUCUUCAUGUUGUGAUGACUCCCAACCAUAAAAUUAUUUUGUCACUACUUCUUAACUGUAAUUCUGAUACUGUUAUGUAUUGUUUAUCAAUCUAAUAAACAAGAUAUCUAAUAUGUGACCCCCACAGGGUCUCGACCCACAGGUUAAAAUCCGCUGUGCUAGGACCGUGAUUGCUCCACCAACCAGCUCAAAUUCUUAGCACCUACAAAUUUCCAAAACAAUUUUACAGUUUUUGUAACAUUUCGAAUUGGUUGGUUUUCUGUGGUUUCAGUUCUGAAGAUAUGUUGUGUUCGUGAAAACUUCGCUCGGAAAUUGAACCCCGGAUCCUUAAAUUCAUUUCGCUACGCUAAUGAAGACGCAAACAAGUGUGGAAUCGGUUUGAGGACCUAUCUUUAAAACGCAUUCGCGCGUGCGCGCCCCCAAGCAGCAACAAAAAACUCUCCCAGCCUCAGAAAUGUGCUGCAGAACUCCAGUCCUUUUUUAUCUGGUCGCACGUACACCUCUGGACUCCAGGAGGAGGGUUUAGCGGUGGGAGACCAAUCUCCUCUUGGCUUAAUGAAAGGUGCUGGCUGACAGUAGGGUUUUAAGACACCCCAGAAGCAGCGUUGAGGGAAGCCUUUCUUUCCUGUGGGUGGCCAGAAGCUUCUGGUCCUCAAGACACAGCUCAAUCCUCACCUGGACUUAUGACCCGCGGCCUUGCUCCCCUCCUGCCCAUUGAGUUCCACAAGAUGGGCUCCUUCCGCCGGCCUAGACCACGAUUUAUGAGCUCCCCUGUGCUCAGCGAGCUGCCCCGCUUUCAGGCUGCCCGGCAGGCUCUGCAACUAAGUUCCAACUCAGCCUGGAACAGUGUGCAGACGGCUGUGAUCAACGUUUUCAAAGGGGGCGGCUUGCAGAGCAAUGAGCUGUAUGCACUGAACGAAAGCAUCAGGCGGCUGCUGAAGAGUGAACUUGGAUCGUUCAUUACUGACUACUUCCAGAACCAGCUUCUUGCAAAAGGACUGUCCUUUGUGGAGGAGAAGAUCAAGCAGUGUGAAGGUGACAAUCGCAUUGAGGUUCUGGCUGAAGUCUGGGACCACUUCUUCACCGAGACACUCCCUACCCUGCAGGCAAUAUUUUAUCCGGUUCAGGGACAGGAGCUGACCAUCCGCCAGAUCUCCCUGCUGGGCUUCCGGGACCUGGUCUUGCUGAAGGUGAAGCUGGGUGACUUGCUGCUGUUGUCACAGUCCAAGUUGCCUUCUUCUGUUAUACAGAUGCUUCUCAUUCUGCAGAGUGUUCACGAGCCCACAGGCCCAAGUGAGGGCUAUUUGCAGCUGGAGGAGCUGGUGAAGCAAGUGGUGUCUCCCUUCCUCGGCCUCAGCGGGGACCGCAGCUGCUCACGCCCCACACACUCACUGGCCAGGAGGCAUUCCAGGGUCCGGCCCAAGGUGACCGUCCUGAACUAUGCCUCUCUGAUGACCACGGUUGGCCGGCCACUGAAUGAGAUGGUCUUGACCCCUCUAACAGAACAGGAAGGAGAGGCAUACCUGGAGAAGUGUGGCAGCGUCCGGCGGCACACAGUGGCCAAUGCCCACUCGGACAUCCAGCUGCUGGCUAUGGCCACCAUGAUGCACUCAGGGUUGGGGGAGGAGUCUGGAAGCGAGGACAAACACCUGCUCCUGCCACCCACCUUCCCACCACCACACCGCCAAUGCUCCAGUGAGCCCAGCAUCCUUGAUAGUCCUGAUGAAAUGGAACUGGAAGAUGUAGCAAGUGGCAGCCAAGAGGACUCAGAGCUGAAUUGUGCUUCCCUCAGCUGAGCCACCACCUCCAGGGACCCAUUCCUACUUUGAGGCUAGGAUGAGGACACCCUUCCUCCUCCACGGAUCACCCAGGGGCUCUUGCAUUGGGCAAUAUUGCCUUACUUCCUUUAGGGCACAAGUCAAGUCUCCACGCCCUUGGGAAACACCUGUUGACCUCCCAACUCUGGUGUCUGUGACCAGCUCCUCAUGCCACCGUUGUUCUGACUUCCAGCCUUGCCUCAUUCACCUGGAUCCUCAUCCCUGGGCCUUCCGCAUCCUAUUGGACUGACUGGUACUCCUGGGAUAUAAUGCUCUGGCAUUAUUUUUAUAGCAGAAGGUUGGGCUACUACACACGAGCUUCUGAAGUGUGCCAAUCUCUGUAGUUUCUGUUAUGAUCUUAUGAGGCAGAAGCCAACGGGUGGAAAAAACAGUAAAGAUUCUGUGUAGCAUGGAAAUCAGCUGCAGCCCGUAUCGUACAUGGUACUGGGAAUGUGGCCUCAUCACUUUAAUUGCAGAGUUACUGGGAAACCAUUUUCCCACUUGUGGGCGAAGAUUCAUUCUUAGGAAUGUCCAGAUAUCAUGUUCUGUCUACAUCAUGGACUUUGGCCUAGGAGAACGUAUUAGACUGGCACGGCCCUGUCUUGCAUUAAGCCUCUCAGCCUGUCUGUCUCAGGCUUCCUCUCAGACUCUGGGAAUGAACCUUCUCAGUCACUGGUGCCUUACUCUUUCUCCAGUUUCAGGAACUGACCACUUUUCUGUUGUGUAUACGAGAGGCUGCUGACAGAAGCUGAUGUAGACUGUACCUGGAUUUCACUUGAAUUUGUAAAAUGUGUAUUGCUCAAAAAAAAUGUUUGCAAAUAUUUGCACAUAGGGUCUUGCACUGCUCAUUUCCAGUGGAGUGUGUUUGCACACUAAACACAGGUGGACCCCUUCAAAAGGCGGUGGAAUCGCUCAGAACAAAAGGAUCAGUAGUAGGUAGGACUCUCAUACCUCAGAGCUCUAGAGGAGCCAGAACUGUGUCUGGAAUGGCCUGUGUUGUGAGUGUCUUGGCUUCUAGGGAAGGCUGUGCUGGGGUCAGGAAACUGCCUCUUCAGCAGGGGAGUGUCGUGGCUGGACUGUAUUUGCUUUACAUCAGACAGGGAGAGAUAGGGACGUGGACACGUUUUACUUGCUCCCUGAGAUAACAGAAGUACCCAGAAGUCUCUGGAAUCCCUGUCACAUCUGCUUCGUGUUGCUAUUUGAGGCAGCAGACUUUAUUUCUAUGCUAGGUCCUCACUACUGCUCCCUUCAGGCUGGGGAAAGGGAACAUUUUGUCUCCAUUGAGACAUGCUCAGAUAAUUAUCUGUUGAUCUUGCUAAUAGAAACUCAGAAAAAUAUAGACAUUUUCUCCUGA